UCGCCCUCCCUUCCUCUUUCUCUCCGUCACGUGGGAAAAGAACCCGGGUUCGCUCUCAGCGUGCCUCUUUACGCACGGAAGAGAAACACUGCUGCCUCCGCCGCCGCCGCCGCGUGGGUUGCGCCUCCUCUCCCCUUCCUUCCUUCCCUGCCUUCCCUCCUUCUCCUCCUGAUUUGGGAAGCCGCCUUCGGGCUCAGUCCAUCGCCUUGUAAGGGAGCGCCCUUCUUCUCCUGGAGGACACCAUGAAGCCCCUGCUUCUGCCCCUUCGGCUCGCCCUCUUCGCCUGCCUUUCUCUCCCGUUGGUAAAAUCUGAUGAAAAUAAUCCUGAGACUCCCCCCUCGCUUCCUUCAAAUUCUUCAAUAACAGGUCCUUCAAUUUCAACAAGCAGUGCUACUUCCAAGCCCACUCCACCGGCAGUGAACACCACAGGUGCCCCUUCUGUGAUUUCUAAUUCCACAGCCAAACCCACAACUGUUGCCAAGACCACUGCAACCUCCAAACCCACAUCUCCUCCCAAAGAUGUCUCUACUGAAGCUGUAAAACCCACACCAGCGAAGCCUAAUGUGACCAUCACAACUCCGAAGCCAGUAUUGCCGUCUGUAACUGUGAUAGUAACUCCAAAAGCUGCGGCCGCUCAAGCAUCACCAUCAGGUUUCAGUGCUGCCAGCUUUAUAGGAGGCAUUCUGCUGACAUUAGGGCUUCUGGCGAUUGGCUACGUUGGAUGCAAAACCUACCAUUCCAAAAGGGGUGUUCAGUAUCGGACCAUUGAUGAACAUGAUGCCAUCAUUUAAAGUCAGUUCUCAAAAGAAACAAAAGGUGAAACUCCCCCAUACAAGCAUCCCGCAAAAUAGGCCUUAAUGUAAAAAAUUGAUGACAAUUUACUACAGUGUCUAAUUCGUUUCUUGAUGUCCACCUCCCAGCAAGACUGUGAGUAUCACCAUCGGGAUACUUCAGAGUGUUUCAGAUGAAGAGCUCGAAAGAGACUACACAAUUGUUGCCUUUUUCAAUGACCACUUUUGCAAAUGUUUUUAAUGGGAAGAACUUAGUUAAACAUUGCCGCUACUUCACUGUUACAUACAGAAGAUUCGAGACAUCACUUCCACGAUAAAACACGCCUUGUAAUAUCAGUGCUGUGGCAACACACUCACCCUCUGCCUCACUGUACAUUGCGUGGUCUUUCUUUGUAGAAGAAUUGAACCAAACCAUACUGAACAAAAUAACAGUUUCCUUUCCAAGAUGGAUCCAAAAGCAACAUCCUCUGAUUGUUUGUCUUAGUUUUGUGGAUUGAGGGGAAAUAUUUUUUGUUAAUAAUCUGGGGAAUGUCAAACAUUGUGUGUGUCUUCUUGAAUGUUUUAGAAAAAUAUUUGUCUGCUUUCCAAUGCCAAGAAAUAGAUGCAAGGAAUGGGGUGUGUGCUGUUACACUGAGGGUUGCUUCGGUUGAGGGAAUAAUUAUCUUUGUGUUGCUUUUGAAAAGUCGUUUUGGUGAAGUGCCUGCUGAAAUUUGGGACAUGAAUAACUUUGUUUUUGUUCCACAUCUUCUAGACUUACACAAAGUUGUUAUGUAUUAAGAAUUAUUUUAUGGGAAUAAUUAUCUUUGUGUCUUUUUGAAAAGUCAUUUUUGUGAAGUGCCUGCUGAAAUUUGGGACAUGAAUAACGUUGUUCUUGUCCCACAUCUAGACUUACACAAAGUUGUUAUGUAUUAAGUUAAGAGUUAACACUGUCUUGGAAAAGUUGCGCUUCCAGCUUCACGGCACAUAAAAAGAGUCAUUCAACUGGU